AUGAAAAUAUACGUGAUAGCAUUUUGCGCUUUAAGUGUUACUGUUUCCAAUGUAAUUGGACAGAAGAAAAAUCAUUUCGUUGAAGGAAGAAACACGAUCGUACACCUGUUUGAAUGGCACUGGGACGCUAUUGCCAGUGAAUGUGAGAACUUCUUGGGACCGAAAGGAUUUGCUGGUGUUCAGGUAUCUCCACCAAAUGAGAAUUCUGUGAUAGGUGGCAGACCAUGGUGGGAACGAUACCAACCAGUAAGCUACAAACUGACUACUCGAUCUGGAGAUGAAAGUGCAUUUGCUAAUAUGGUGCGACGUUGUAAUAACGCAGGAGUCAGAAUCUACGUCGAUGCUGUCAUUAACCACAUGUCAGGGACUACUGGUAGUGGUACCGGUGGAAACUCAUCUGAUGUUGGCUCUUUAUCCUAUCCAGCAGUACCAUUUGGGCCGAACCACUUCCAUUCUCCUUGUGAAAUUAAUAAUUAUCAAGAAUCGAACAAUAUUAGAAACUGUUCGCUUAGUGGAUUACCAGAUUUGGAUCAGAGUCACGAAUAUGUUCGUAAAAAAAUUGUUGAGUACCUGAACCAUUUAGUAGAUUUGGGAGUCGCAGGAUUUAGAGUGGAUGCUGCCAAGCACAUGUGGCCCGCUGAUCUGAAAGCUAUUUAUGACAGCGUUAAGAAUCUGACAGGAAACGGUUUGAGUGGAAGACCUUUCUUCUAUCAAGAAGUUAUAGAUUUAGGUGGAGAGGCAGUGAAAAAAACUGAUUACAAUAGCUUUGGAGCGGUGCUUGAGUUCAAAUAUGGUGCCGAAUUGGGUAACGCCUUUCAAGGGCGUAAUGCUCUCCACUGGCUAAACAGCUGGGGUCCAGAAUGGGGUCUAUUAGCAGGAACUGAUGCUGUUGUCUUCAUUGAUAACCAUGAUAACCAAAGAGAUGGAUCGCCAGCUAUUCUCACAUACAAGAACCCAAAACCUUACAAGAUGGCAAUAGCUUUCAUGCUGGCUCAUCCAUAUGGAACUACGAGGAUAAUGUCAAGUUUUCAUUUUGAUAACCGGGAUCAAGGUCCUCCUAGUCAACAACCCGGUUUCAAGGCUGACAACACGUGCACAAACGGUUGGGUAUGUGAACAUAGAUGGCGUCAAAUUUACAAUAUGGUCAGCUUUAGAAACGCUGUAGCUGGCACAGGUAUAAAUAACUGGUGGAGUGACGGCCACCAACAAAUUGCUUUUGGAAGGGGAAAAAAAGGCUUUAUCGCUUUUACUUUACAUGGAGACAUCGAUCAACACCUUCAAACUUCUUUGCCGGCUGGAACUUAUUGCGAUGUUAUCUCGGGUAGUUUGAAAAAUGGAUCUUGUACAGCAAAAACUAUACAUGUUAAUGAAAGUGGUAAGGCCGCUAUUUCUUUGUCUACCAAUGAAGAUGAUGGUGUUGUUGCUAUCCACGUCAAUGCAAAAUUGUAA